AUGGACGAUGCGAAUUGUGAUGGUGAAUUUGGUGAACUAGAGUCAUUUAAUGAGCCAUUACAAACCUUUAACAGUAAUAAGUCAAGUUUAAUUUGGGGUCAUUUUGAAAAUUGUAAAGAACUUGAUAAAGCUGCAUGUAAUCAUUGUAAACAAAAAGUUUACAAAGGAAUCGGAAAAAAAGCUAAUACUUCAUCAAUGAGGAAACAUUUAAAGUUCAAGGAUAAAACAUUGUUUGACAAAUUGUUAACGUCUGAGGAAUUAAAAAAAGAAGCUAAAGCUAAAGAUAGUAUUCAAACUGGAAAACGUCAAAUGUCUCUUUAUGAGUCAGUGAACAAAAAGAAAUGUUGGGAUAUGAAUGAUGCUAAAUCCAAAGAGAUUCACAAAAUUAUUGGUGAAAUGAUUUGUGUGGACAAUGAACCGUUCAAUUUGGUUGAACGUUCAGGAUUCAAUAAACUUAUGAUGCCUGGUCGCAAGUAUUUCACAGAAACUGUUAUUCCCGAAAUGUACAUAGAGUUGAAGACAAAAAUAAUGAGUACACUGGAAACAGUUUCUGCUGUGUCACUUACUUCUGAUAUCUGGACUUGUAGUCAUAAUAAUGCAAGUUUUAUUAGUUUUACAAGUCACUGGAUCUCUGAAGAUUUUAAACAACAUCAUUCCACUUUAAAUAUAAGGCACUUUCAAGGAAGACGCACUGGUUUUGCUAUUAAAAAUUGUUUGGAAGAACUAUUAAAUGAAUGGAAUUUGAUGGACAAGAUUCAUUUAUUAAUACGUGACAAUGGGGCUAAUAUGAAAAAGGGAGUUGACGACGCAUCUUUAGAUAGCUUUGGUUGUUUUUUGCACACAAUUCAUCUCCUUGUAACAGAGUCUAUGAAAAGUCAGAAAUCUGUACAAGAUCUAUUAGGUCGUGCCAAAAAAGUUUCUACUCAUUUCCAUCACUCAUCAUCAGCUACUGAUAGACUGAAAUCAAUACAAAUUGGACUAGGAGUUCAACCUAAAAAGGUUAUUCAAGAUAUUUGCACUAGGUGGAAUUCUAGUUUUUACAUGCUAGAGCGUUUGUUUAAUUUAAAAAAUGCCAUAUUAAUAUUCACAUCUGAGGAUCCAUCAUUUAGUUCAAAUGAUUGGACAGUAAUAGAGUCAUUAUUGAAUUUAUUAAGACCAUUCGAAGAGCUCACAAAACGCAUAUCCUCUAAUAAAUCAAUAAUAAGUGAAGUUAUCCCUGCAAUUAUGUCAUUAAAUUCAUUUUUAAAUCACCUUAGUAGUAUUCAUUUUAGAGUUGGGACUACAAAAGAUGUUAUGAUCAGCCGAAUCCAUAAGCGAUUUGAAAAUGUAAUUAAAAAUAAGAACCUUAUUCUAGCAACAUUUUUAGACCCAAGGUUCAAGUUAUCGUUUUUUAAACCUGAAAAAAGACCAGAAGUGAAGAAAAUAAUUUUAAGUACUAUUUCAAACUUCAACAAUCUUGAUUUAACAGUUGUACCUGAUGAUGUUACUAUUGAUAUUUCUUCAAUAACAAAUAAUAACAAUCAAACGUCUGUAAAAUCAUUAUGGGACUUCUACAAUGAUAUAGCAACAUCAACACCUUCAAAUAAUUCUACUGUAAUGAUGUCCAAUAAUUUUACCGAUUUAGAUGAUUAUACUGAUUUCAACAAAGAUUUAGUUGCCGAGUAUGAAACCUACUGUAGUAUUGAGUCCGUUCCGAUUAAUGGUGAUCCAUUAGGUUGGUGGAGCAGUCAAAAAAAAAAUGACAAAUAUCCAUAUAUUGGGAACAAGCUGCUUCUUCAAAAAUAUUUGUCUGCUCCUGCCUCAAGUGUCUACUCUGAAAGGUCAUUUUCAGAGGCAGGUUUAGUUUACGAACCUAAGAGAAGUCAACUCCACCCUGAGAAGGCCGAACAAAUUUUAUUCUUACGCCACAACUUAAACAAAUUUUAA